AUGGCGUACCGCGGUGUCAAAGGUUCAGACCCCUUCGUGUCAAAGACUUCACGCAACGAGAGGUUCGCCCAGAUGUCCAAGCAAGAGCAAAUAAUCCAGCAGAAGAAGCUGGAGAUCCAGGCUAAAAUGGAAGAAAUGAAGGCCAAAGCCGCCGUUGAGGUGAAAAAAACAAGCCCCAGCACUUCGCCUCCCUCUGCUCCCGUUAACAAAGUCACUGCUGCAGCCAAGAAAGAAGAAGAGAAGCCGCCAGCCGCAGCGACGGUCAAUUUAUUUGCGAAUGACGGGAGUUUUCUCGAUCAAUUUAAGAAAAUAUCAAACAAGACUUCGCCUAGAACCGAAGAAUCGCCACCCCCGGUGGCUGUUAAAAAAGAGGACCGUGAGAGGAACUACGAGCGGCGAUGGAACGGGGAUAAGAACCGAGAGUACGACCGCCGAGACAGGCGAAGAAACGAGUCUCGCUGGAACCAGAGAUCCGAGAGAGGACGCCGCAGUAGUUCGUCGAGUCCGUCGCCCCCGCGACACAGAUCGCCGGUCCUAGAGCGUUAUCACCAGCCUAAUCCACGGUCCCCAUCUUCCAUACCGCCGCUGAUCUCUCCGCGGAUCCAACAGAUCAACGUCCCACCUCCCAACUUGCGAAACGUCCCGCCGCCUUCUCAUAUUCACAAUAUUCCUCCGGUAAAUCUAGAGCCAAGUCUUCCGAUCUCAGUCCCGCCGCCGCCUUCUCGCAUAUCAGUGCCGCCUCCGCACAUGAUAAGGCCUCCACCUCCGCCGCAGAUAAAUACCAAAGUACCUCCGCCUAGCAUGCAGCUGAACCAGCCCCCACCUUCCCAGCCGCAGGGGCCGACAAAUCCCCUGGCCUCGAUCCCGAGCAAAUCCGCUGGACACAUUUCGCCACAGUGCAGUAUUCCGAUCACCAAUUUACAGCCCCAGAAUCAAGCCCCAAGGCCUACUUUGCUGCCCCCUAUGUCCAGGAUGCCGCCUAAUAUCAUACAGAUGAAUCCCAACCCCGUUCCCAGUGUACCUCCGUCCCAAGUUAUUCCUCCGCUGAUAAUGUCUACGCCACCGCCGGUUCACAAUUCUAAUAUUAAUUCAGUGCCACCGCCGAAUGUUAAUGUACCGCCGCCUAAUGUUCCACCACCUUCGAUAAUUACUGGGAAUAAUCACUCGACUGCGGUUCAUCUCCUCCCGACUACUUAUCCCAUUCAAAAUCAAAUCCAAUUGCCUGUUAAUGUCCAAAGGCCUGGUGUUAAUGUACAAAUUCCGCCACCUGUACAGCCGCCACUGUCUUCAGAUCAUUUUGUAGGUUGUCAGGAAGCUGAACAAUUGGCACGAAUUGUUGCAGACUGCGGUGACGCAAUUGAGCAAGAAGUCAGAGAGAAGAAUUUGCAAGAUCCUAAAUUAUGGUUUCUGCACCAAAAGCAAAGUGCAGCGUACCUGCAGUACAGAGGAUUGGUGGCCAAGUACCGUGCUGAGAAAGCUGAUAAAGGGGCAAGCGGAGCUUCAGGCGCCGGUAGUGGAAGCGGUGCUGAGCCUUAUUGUCCUGAAGAUGCCCUUAGUGACAAUGAUGAUGUUGACAAAGUAUCCACUAAACAUAUCUUACAAAGUGAUAAUAAUAUUAAGGAUGAAAGUAAAGAAGAACGCAGACGUAAAAGACGCAGUCGUUGGAGUGAACCUGAUAACAAAGUAGAAAUUCCUACUGUAAAUAACCAAGCGAGUAAUGUUAAUCCAUUAAAUCAACGACCUGGUAUUGGAUUGUCUGGACCACUGGGUCAAGGAUCGGCUCUAUUAACACCAAAGACUCAAAAUCCCAAAAGUAAAAAUCCUAUGCUGACAAAAAUUAGUCGCAAUGAUCCAGCGUUGGUUGUUUAUGCGCGACAAACUUUUGGUACUUAUGAUUUAACUGAAGAGCAGUGGAAGAAAGCUGAAGAUCAUUAUAAGAUAAAUUUAUUGUAUCAAAACUUGAUGAAAAAACGGGAAGAAGUGAAGCGUUUAGAGUCGCAAGGAAAGCAUAAAUAUGAAUACGACAGUGAUGAAGAAACUGAGGGUGGUACGUGGGAACAUAAAUUAAGAUCAGCUGAGAUGGAAGCCACGCAAAUGUGGGCUGAGGAAUUAACGGCGCAGUCGGAGGGUAAACAUCACAUCGGUGAUUUUUUGCCACCAGACGAGCUCAAAAAAUUCAUGGAGCAGUACAACGCCGUCAAGCAGGGCAAAGAACCCGACCUUAGUGAUUAUAAGGAGUUUAAAUUAAAAGAAGAUAAUAUAGGUUUUCAAAUGCUACAGAAACUUGGUUGGACUGAAGGUCAAGGACUUGGUAGCGAAGGAAGCGGACGUAUUGAUCCUGUAAAUAAGGCAACUAGUAGAUUGGAUAGUUCUGGCUUAGGUUCUGACAGACCGGAUAACAUUUCACGAGAUGACGAUGAGUUUGAUGCAUAUAGGAAACGAAUGAUGCUUGCUUACCGAUUCAGGCCGAAUCCUUUG